GGCUAGGUUGAAAUAGACUAUUAAAUAGGUUAAAAUAGUACGUGAAAAUUUUUUUUACAAAAAUACCGCGUAUUUUAUUUGUUUAUUUUUUGAUUUUUGAAUUAAAAUUUUUAUUUCGAAAAAAAAUGAAUUCACCAAAAUCACCAUGUCCAUUUGGUGAACAAUGUUAUCGUAAAAAUCCUGAACAUUUUGUACGAUAUGAUCAUUGUAAACGAAAAUCACUUGAUGAUCGAAAUGUUUUAUCGAAAAAAAUAUCAACAGAUAAAAAGACAAAAAGUCCAUUGAUAACAAAUUAUUUUCAACGAACCAAACCUACCAACAUUAAUCCAUCGAACGUAUCCGACAAAAUCGAUGAUGAUGACAACCAUCAAGUCAAUCCAAAUCCAUCAACAUCAAGCAGCAGCAAUCAAAAAUCUUUGGAUCAAGAUUCAUUGAAAAAUUUGCAUGAAAAAUUAUUUCUAACCGCUUGUCCGGAUGAAAUAUUUCUUUUUUGGAAAUUUUGUCAAAAAAUAUCUCGCCAACAUCCAGAAGAUGCAUUCAUCGAAGCAUUAGGUUUAAAACUUGUUGGACCAUUCGAUUUACUCAAUAAUAAACUCGAUGAAAGUCAUGUUGAUAGUGAUGGAAACAUUCUGAUUCAUUGGCGUUAUUUAUAUGAUAUACCAGAAUUUCAAACAUUUGCUAUUAUUGAUCCAAAUCAUCAUAAUCAAUUACGAUUCGAAUCAAUUACAUGUGAAUAUCAUUUGGGUUAUUUUCGUGAUCAACCAACCGAUUGUAAGCCUUUAGUAGUUUCGAAUGAUUCGAAAAAAUCCUGUAUAAUCAAUGGUGAAGGUGAUAAUAUUUUCACCACUUUUUAUUCAUUACUUGCGGAUAAACGAUUUAAAUCUUUGACGAAAAAUCAUCAUAAAAAGAAUUUACGACAAAAAUUAGAAACGUUUGCCAGUGAAAAUCAAAUAAAUUUAAUUGAUACGAAUAGAUUGUUGAAACAAAGACAACAACAGAUACAGGCACCAACUUUACAUCAAUUUGGUUUGAUUGUACCAAUCACCAAUGAUAAUGUUGGUUAUCGUCCACUACCAAUCAACGAUACUAAUCUAAAGCUUUUAUUCAAAAGAAUCAUUGAACUUGAUAAUGAUGAACAACGAAGAAAAUGUGUAUCGAUGAAAGAAUUACAAAAUAUCAUUACAUUAAUACAAUAUGCAAAUGAUGAAAAAGAUUUUGGAAUGGGAUUGGAAUUUGGUUUGGAUUUAUUCGAAAGUGGACAUCAAUUUUUUCAUCGUUCAUCUGAACAUUUACUUCGACAAGCAUAUGAAUUUUUAGAUCGGGAAAAUUUUUCCCGAAUUUUACAUCAGCAUUUGGAUAAUGAUAAUCGUCAUCGACGACAAUGGCCAAAUUUAUCGGCUAUUUAAACAUUUUUUUUUUUUUGGUUUUGUUUAACUUUACUCAAUUUUAUUCAUUUAUUGAUCAUCAUCAAACAACAUUUAAAAAUCAAUAUCUUGACCGUCGUUUUUCACUUAAUCUGGCCAAUAUUUUUCGUUCCAAAUCAUCACGU